GCAUCGAAUCGCCAAGAUUGUCAAGUGGGCGGAGUCCAAGGGCCUGGUUCGUACCUGCGAGUACGACGAUGAGACCCUGGAGUAUUGGGUCAAUACCCGCACGGAGGGGACGAUCACAAAAGAAGAACUUGAGAGCCUGUGCAGGACAAAGGAGUACUCCGGCGAAGGAGGCGAUGAGCUGGAGCACAAUGCCUUCGUCGACCUCGGCAGCAUGGAGUUCGAUCCUAAUGAUUCCUUCGUUCACCGGAAUGACAAGGCUGUUGAGGGUGACCACACGAAGAGUGUCACCCUUUUGAAACUUCAUGAAGUCAGAAGAAAUCCGUUGCAAGUCCAUGUGUUCUUGAUUGCAUUUAGCCUGGGAACCACGCAGAUACAUGCGGAGCUAAGGAACAUCCGCAAGAUGGAAGCAAUGCUCAAAGAUUUUGAAGGCGUGUACGAGGAGCUCUCAGAAGCCAAGGCCGAAGGGAAAACGACGGGCUACUCCGACAAGCUUCUUGAUCAACUGAUAGCGUGGAGCGAGACUGAGCGCGCCAAAAAGUUUGUUGUUCAAAGAACCGUAAUGGGGCGGCCAAAGUUAGACAUUUUCCCAUGGAGCGACUCAGAAAAUGAUGACGCGGGCUCGUCUGAAAGCUUCCAGCAUGAUGCACAGCCUCCCGAUGAUGCGCAUCAAGGCCCUGGCAAAUACGAGGGAGAAGAUGACAAUAUCGCAGGCCUCAGCAUGAGUCUGCUGCCAGAAACGUGCACAGCGUCCAAGAUAUUAUGGCACUGCAUCAAGUUGAUCAAUGAUGCCCGCCAGCACUGUGGUGGUUCACAACUCUGUGUUUUCAAGAUUGGGCUUACGUCUAAUCCGGCUCAACGAAUGGAAGGGUACUUGCGCCAGAACUUCAAAGUCUUCGCUGUCAUUCACAAAGUGACUACGGCUGAGCUGCUAGGUAUGCUCGAGAUGUUAGAAGCUGCACUGAUAGCUGAGUUCCAUGAUGGCCAGCGCUGUUGCCGCAACAAACAACUAGGUGGAGAAUCCAUGCGUGAUAAAUUCUUCAAGCCACGCUUUCCACCACCAUAUUUUGCUUAUGUGGCUGCUGCAUGUGCUGCGCAGAAAGAGCCAAUCCUAGCCUAG